AUGUACAUGUCUCAGCGAAACAUCAUGGGAAGUGCAAUCACUUUUGAAAACACAACAAACGAAAUAAUUAAUAUUUCAAAUUUGAGAUAUCCUCCUGGGACAUCUGAUUGGAGUUUCCCUCGUGUUUUGACUCCAAGAAGCAGUGCUGCGGAUUCACUGACCACAUUCGCACCAUAUAUUGAAAUUGUGUGGUCUUGCCCAAGUUUGGGUAUCGCACAACGUCAGACAAUACGUAACACAGCUGGCAAUUAUUGGGUGCUUAUACAACACGGCGUGAAUGAAGUUGAACUUCGCCAACGAUAA